AUGACUAUUCGAGCAUACAGAGUUAUGAAAUAUAAUUAUGAAGUUUUGAAAAUAUCGUUAAGGUUGUCUUCGGUGGAUGCUGUGAGCGUAAAAGCCCUGCGGCAACUAGAGAAUGACGACGGGCACGGUCUUCAAACAGUCAAACAAGCUAAAGACUACAUGGAUGCACCCACGAUCGGGACAUUGGCACCUGAUCGAUUACGUCAUCACAAGGCAAAGGGACCUACGCAACGUUUGCCUCACAAGAGCGAUUCGAGCGACAACUGUAUGCUGCUCUCGCUAAAAAAAGGACUCGACGAAAGCAGACGGCCCAAAGCGGCGAUAGUACAGGUGUAUGGAUUUGUGGAACUUUUGCACGGAAAUAUUCAUCAAGGAUUGGGUCAUCACCGAUGA